CUUGGGCCCCAAGUAACGACGACUAAUCUCGUAGCUUUUUUUCGCAGAAUCCCCAGGAGCUUAGCUGCCGGGCUGAUUGUGUUUAAUGAACUGGCCAGCCAUUGAAUCAAUUGAAGCAUCAGCUGAUUGGGGGCAUGCAACGCGAACAAAAAUUAAACCGAACUGUGCAGUAGCAAUGCGAGUGCAACGAGUGCUACAAGCAGCGGGUACAGUGAGUGCGUAAAGCAAGUGCACGCAUAUCUGAGAAAUGACACAAAAUCUACAAGUGAGCUACACAGCCUUGGACAUGUCGGACGAUUAUCAAACCAAUACAAACACCAAUAGUUAUUCAAUGGCAUCGCCCACGCGUAACGCGCGCAAUGUUAAUUUCAACGAUGACCUCAACGAUUUGGCCGGCUAUCCGCCGCAGCAGUUGCCCAUGGUGCGACGCUUCUCCAAAUCGCUGUUCCAACGACCGCGCUCCAUGUCCGUGUGGAGUGACAUAAGUCGCAGUAGCAUGCGGCUGGAUGAAAGAGUUCGUGUGGAGUACUAUGUGAAUGAAAACACAUUCAAAGAAAGACUGCAACUGUAUUUCAUUAAGAAUCAGCGUUCAAGCUUACGCAUACGAAUUGCCGAUUUAUUCCUUAAGUUACUGUCGUGUGUUCUCUACAUAAUACGUGUGAUAUUGGAUAAAAAUCCAACAUUUAUAACAUGCUAUGGCUGCGAAGUGGCCAAUAAGACAGAGUUUAUCAUCUCCGCGAAGCUGACGGAGGAGGAGUUCCAGGAGAAUCCAAUUAUCAACUGGGAUGCAAUACUCUGGGUGAAUCGACCCACAGUGCUCUGGGUGCUACAAUUACUGCUGGCCAUGGUGUCGUUAACGCAAUCUUUGGUUCUAACAUAUCUAGGCUAUAAGGGCAACAUUUGGCAGCAAAUACUCUCAUUUCACUUUAUACUAGAAUUAGUAACGACAAUACCCUUUGCACUAACGAUUGUGCAUCCGCCAGUGCGCAAUCUCUUCAUACCAAUAUUUCUCAACUGCUGGCUGGCCAAGCGCUCGCUGGAGAAUAUGUUUAACGAUCUGCAUCGAGCCAUGCAAAAGUCACAAUCGGCUUUGUCACAGCAGCUGACCAUAUUGUCCGCCACGCUAUUGUGCCUUGUGUUCACCAGCGUUUGCGGCAUACAACAUUUUCAGCGCGCAGGGCAUCGGCACUUGAAUCUGUUUCAAAGCACUUACUAUGUGGUUGUGACCUUCUCGACGGUUGGCUAUGGUGACCUCGUGCCGGACAUUUGGCCAUCGCAGCUCUAUAUGGUCAUCAUGAUAUGUGUGGCACUGAUUGUGCUGCCUACGCAGUUCGAGCAGCUGGCAUUCACUUGGAUGGAACGCCAGAAGCUAGGCGGCAGCUAUUCCUCGCAUCGGGCGCAAAGUGAGAAGCAUGUGGUUGUCUGCUCGACGACGCUGCAUGCGGAUACAAUUAUGGAUUUCCUCAACGAGUUCUAUGCGCAUCCACUGCUGCAGGACUUUUAUGUGGUGCUGCUCAGCCCCAUGGAGCUGGAUACCACCAUGCGCAUGAUACUGCAGGUGCCCAUUUGGGCGCAGCGCGUCAUCUAUAUACAGGGCUCCUGUCUGAAGGACGGCGAUUUGGCGCGGGCGCGCAUGAACGAGGCGGAGGCGUGCUUCAUAUUGGCCGCUCGCAACUAUGCGGACAAAACGGCGGCCGACGAGCACACCAUACUGCGCUCCUGGGCCGUCAAGGACUUUGCGCCGAAUGUGCCGCAGUAUGUGCAAAUAUUCAGGCCGGAGCACAAGCUGCAUGUGAAGUUCGCCGAGCAUGUGGUCUGCGAGGAUGAGUUCAAGUACGCGCUGCUGGCCAACAACUGCACCUGCCCCGGCGCCAGCACGCUGGUCACUCUGCUGCUGCACACGUCACGUGGCCAGGAAGGCCAGCAGUCACCGGAGGAAUGGCAUCGGCUCUAUGGCAAGUGCUCGGGCAAUGAGAUUUAUCACAUUGUCCUGGGCGACAGUCGCUUCUUUGGGGAGUACGAGGGCAAAAGUUUUACCUAUGCCAGUUUCCAUUCGCACCGCAAGUAUGGAGUCGCUUUGGUGGGCGUGAGACCUGCCGAGCUGCCGGAAUUCUAUGAGGACACCAUACUACUAAACCCUGGGCCCAGGCACAUUAUGAAAAAGGAUGACACGUGCUAUUAUAUGAGCAUCACCAAGGAGGAGAAUUCGGCAUUUGUCGUUAAUCAAAAUCAAACUACGGAUGCGACGGCAGCCAGCAAAGAAGGCGGCGGCGGCGGCGGCGGCGGCGGCAAUUCGGGCGGUGCUGGCCCCUCCCAUGCGCAUGCAGCAACUGCCAAUACAACAAUAACAACAUCAACAACAACAACAGCAACAGUAACAAAUAUAACAACAACAACUACAACAAUAAGCACGACUCUCACAUCAUCAACAUUAUUAUCAGCAUCAGCAUCUGUAUCAACAACAACCGCUUUGAAUCAAGCGGCCAUUGCACCAGUGCCGUCUGUUUGUGUUCGUGUGCCCCACAGUCCCAGUUAUGACUCUGGCGCCGGCACGCCCCUAACCGAGCGGCACCACUUGCAACCAUAUCCGUAUCCGCAAAUGCUGUCGCAGCCGUAUCAGCAGCAGCAGCAGCAACAACUACUACAAGUACAACAACAACUACAACAACAACAACAAACAUGUGACAGUGACCAUACAACACUAUUUGUGCCCAGCGACAACCCAACGGCUGUGAUAAUAUCGGACUCGAAGCAGAAUCUAAAGGACACAACAGUCAGCGCCACGCAAAUGGCAACGGCGGCGGCCACAACAACGACAGCGAUAACAACAACAGCCUUGCCGCUUGGUGGUGGUGCCACCAGCAGCAGCAGCAUGACUGGUGGAGGCCUUGGCUUGGGUCUGAACAUGGGCACCUCGCUCAGCAUUACGCCCGCAACGUUAACCACAACCGGCAACCAUUUGGACGUGCCCUAUGCCAAUAAUCCCAAUCUGCUCAGUCCUGAUGUGCUCAAUCAGCGUCGAGGUAGUCGACGUCCUUCCAUACUGCCCGUGCCGGAUAUGUUCACCUCAUCAUCUUUCAGCAUUGCCGGCAACGAUGAUGGCGAAGAGGGCGACGAGAGCGACGAUGAAAUCGAUGACGAAAUGCCCUGGCGUUCGCCAUCCGAGAAAAUUGCUUGCUUGGGCGGUCACUUUCCACAAUCGCGCACCUAUUCGCUCAUCAUGAGCUCCUCGGAGGAUUCGUAUCAGCGCGGCAGCGUCAAUGGCGCCUGUGCCUACUGCACGGCGCCGACUGUGCCGCUGGAGUGGCCCGCAGCGUCGCGCAGACGCGUGAUGAAGAAGAGUUUCAGCUGCGACAGCGAAUGCGCGCAGCCCAAGGGCACGGGUAUGGGCACGGGCACGUUUGCCAUGCUGGCCGCACGCCGGCAACAGUUGCAGCGCAGCUGCUGCUGCAGUUGUUCGCAUGAUGAGUCCGCAACCGCAACCAGUACAACAACAACAACUGCAGCGGCGGCUGUGGCGGCGGCAUCAGCUGGCACGUUGUCCGGCUUGCCGGCGGGUUAUGCAUUCACGUCGAGCAGCAGCGUUGAGACGCGGCGACUGGCGCGUCCGGUCUGGGUCGCUGACUACUCCGGCAUUGUCAAAGGCUUUCCACCCGUCUCGCCCUUCAUCGGUGUGAGUCCCACGCUCUGCUAUCUGCUCAAGGAGAAGAAGCCGCUCUGCUGUCUGCAGCUGGCACAGGUCUGUGAGCACUGCAGCUAUCGCAAUGCCAAGGAGUAUCAGUGGCAGAACAAGACGAUCAUACUGGCUGCCGACUACGCAUCGAAUGGCAUUUAUAACUUCAUCAUACCCUUGCGUGCGCACUUUCGUUCCAAGACAUCGCUGAAUCCCAUAAUUCUGCUGCUGGAGCGUCGACCAGAUGUUGCGUUUCUCGAUGCGCUUUCCUAUUUUCCAUUGGUUUACUGGAUGCUCGGCUCUAUAGACUGCCUGGAUGACUUGCUGCGCGCGGGCAUUACGCUGGCCGAGAGUGUUGUGGUCGUCAACAAGGAGCUGUCCAACUCAGCUGAGGAGGACUCACUCUCCGACUGCAACACAAUUGUCGCCGUGCAGAAUAUGUUCAAAUUCUUUCCCAGCAUCAAGAGCAUCACUGAGCUCUCGCAGAGCUCGAACAUGCGCUUCAUGCAGUUCCGCGCCCAUGACAAGUACGCGCUGCAUCUGAGCAAAAUGGAAAAGCGCGAGAAGGAGCGCGGUUCGCACAUAUCCUACAUGUUCCGCUUGCCGUUUGCCGCCGGCGCAGUGUUCAGCGCCUCGAUGCUGGACACGCUGCUCUAUCAGGCGUUCGUCAAGGACUAUGUGAUUACGUUUGUGCGUCUGCUUUUGGGCAUAGAUCAGGCGCCAGGCAGCGGCUUUCUUACCUCGAUGCGCAUUACCAAGGACGACAUGUGGAUACGCACGUAUGGGCGGCUGUAUCAGAAGCUCUGCUCGACCACGUGUGAAAUACCCAUUGGCAUUUAUCGCACACAGGACACCUCGAAUGCGGACACAUCACAUGUGAGUAACUCGCCGGUCGAAAGAUGGGGACCCUUCUCGGCUUUCAGCAGGCAUUGCGUGCGCUUGCGUCCAUCGUACGACGAGGAGACUGGCACGCCCGACUCGACCAAGGACAGCACGGAAAUGCUGCGCGGCGUUACAUAUCGCCCACCCUCAGCAGGUGGUGGGGGUGGUGGUGCUGGUGCUGCUGCUGCGGCUGGCAGUGGCAGCAGGUCGCGCCAGAAGUCGGUCAACUGUUUGGGUGGUUGCUCGGAGCGUAAGGGAUCAUCUUAUUCGAUUAACUUGGCGGACGAGGCGCGCGAUAAUCACGCACAGCAAAUCGAACGCGCUGAGAUUGCCAAUCUGGUGCGCAGUCGCAUGGAGUCCUUGAACCUGCCGACCAAUGACUACGACGAUGUCAGCGAGAAGCGCAAUCAUUUGUCCUAUGUGAUAAUCAAUCCAAGCUGUGAUCUUAAGCUGGAAGAGGGUGAUCUCAUCUAUCUGGUGCGUCCGUCACCGUUCUCGGCACAAAAGACGUUCGAGCGCCACAACUCGCGACGCAAAUCAAACAUUUCCUUCUGCUCGAACAUCAAUCUGGGUGCGACAUGCGGUCCGCAAAUGCCACAAAUGCCCAACACCGCCGUCGGAGCUGGCUCGCGUCGCGGCUCCGGCAUCGCCGGUUUGAACCCCAUGCAAAUGCAGAGCGUUCAGACAUUGGCCGGGUAUGGAUCAUCGCCACGCUGUACACCGCCGAUGCAGCAAAUUAAAUCGAAUUCUCUUUCUCUACCCGAUAGUCCGACGGUGGUUGGCUCACAGCGCGGCAGGAGUAACUCAUUGCGGAUCGAUAACGAUAUAUUGCUGCGUCGCUCCUCGUCGCUGCGCCAAGGACUGCCCAGCGUGGGCGCAAGUCAUGGGCGUCGCAAGUCCUCGCUGGAGGAAAUUGGCAUAAGUCACUUCACCACGCUCAUGCAGGCAACGAAUCACAGCAAUCCCAUCAAAAUAUCGCUCAACGGCAGCAUUGGCAUGGAGAAUCAAAUUUCAUUGCAGGUGACGCCACCGGAGGAGCCUACGCCAAUGCUGGGACUGCCCUGCAUGAUGGGCGGCGGCGGCGGCGGGGGCAUAAAUCCCUCAGUGCAGGGCGGCGCUGGUGGCGGCAUGCUGGGCGCCAGCUCCGCGCUGGCCAUUAAUACGGCCGAUCUGGGACCCGGACCAAGCACAUCCUCAGGCUCAACGCUGCAGGCGCAGGACUCGCUGCAGCAGUCGUCGUCGCAGGUGUCGUCGCCGCAGCAUUUGCAGGGCACGAUUGUAUGAUACAACCUAAUGUGGGGUCGCCGACUCCGCUCCAGCAUGUCGAAGAACAAAUGGAUAUAGAAUACGGCCAGCACCCACAGACGACGCGAUAAGUUCUAACCCUAAGCCCAAACCCAAAGUAUUAGCAGCAAAACUAAAGUGAACCCAGCCCACCCGUAAGCAUUCAGCUUUUGUCAGUCAGCGUCUGUGGUGUGUGUCUCAGCUAAAGCCCCCCCUUAAGUAAUUAUUCAUUUGCCUAGUUAAGCAUAAAUUGUAGCCACUACUACUACUACCACUACGAUUAGCGUAUUUGAUUUGAAGCAUUUGCGAUUUUUCAUUAGCAAUAAAUUAUAUUCGGCAAUUCAGUCUGCUUUAUAUACAAAAUGAGGCAUAAACGUGUUUUUGGGAACAACAAAGUAGUCUAACUAUUGGCAUAUUGGCAAUGAGAUAUUUAAGCACAAACAUUAUAUACUAAAUGUUAGUUAGCUAUUGUACAUAUAACUGUAAUAUGCAAUGCAUGUUAGUUGGUUAAGCGAAACUUAUCAUCGUCGAUUCAUUACUGGCAUAUCGAGUAGUAGCGCAUUAAACACAAUUAUUACGCAUACGACACUUGUGUCGCACAAGUCUGUGCUUUAGCCUUUAGUAGCAAACAAAUACCGAACGCGCUAUGUAUAUAAUAAGUUUUAAAACAAAGUAAAAGAGUUUAGUAAUUGUAUUUAGUCUAGCUUUUGCCAAACUGUCAACUACAAGUUUUCUUGGUUUCAUUUGCAGCACAGUUUGCUUGUAUUUAGUGUACAAAAGGUGCUAUCAAUGUUACACACACACACACACACACACACACAUAAUGCUAUAAUUUAUUAAUUCGUUUUGUACAAAUUCUCGUGGUUUUCAAAAAUUAAUAAAAUGCAAACAGGCUUUGGUAUACACAAAUGCUUUACAUAACAAAAUUAAAUUUAAAUUGGCGCAUAACUGUGUUAUGUAACUCUUUAGCUGUUGUAUAUAGUAAUAACUAAGCACCAAGCAUUCAAGGAACUGCAUUCAAACUAUUAGAGUAGUUAACAAAAAAAAAAAAAAAA